CGGCCGUCGUACCGCUCUAGGAGGGUGUGCUGGUGCCAUGGCAGCUGUGCCCGAGGGCUUGUCGUUUUCCUUUUAUAGUUGCCUGCCUGCCGUUGCGCUUUGUACUAAUCUGGCCAUUCAGGUUUUUAAUUACUGAAGGUGCAUUUCUGCAUUGAAGCGAUAAACUGUGAAGGGCAGUUCGAGGCGCAUGGAGGCCGUGGCGUUUGGCGGGCCGCGGCUCGCGGACCCCCAGCCUUCUCUAUUUAUAGGCAGCAUGGCCCAGCACCACUUAGCGCCGCUUCCUAAUUGGCCUCCACAGUUUCUAAGGCAACUGCAUGCAAUCCUGAGAGCCAGAAGUUAGCAGGAUGAAGCAGAUGGCAUUUGUUAGCAGCGGUGAUUAAUCAAAGACAGCCUUACCUCCGCAGCCGCCGCUCCUUCUAGUUCAGAGUUUCUUUUGCACGCCCAGCACUCUCUGCUCAAAAGCCCACCUUCAUGUGAUAGUAUGAGACCCUCAUGCCUCACCAGUCUCCACACGGGUGACGCCCACCUCCACAUCCCAUGCUGUCUUGCAUUAGGUUGCCCCCUAUGGAGGGCGAUUUCUUAACUCAUGCCCAUUAAUUUGGAGCGCCCGGUUAGGUUGAUGGUGCCAGUGGGCUUGCUGGUUCUUAUGAAUUCUGCUCAAUCUUCAGCUUCGAGACGGAUGAUUCUGAGCUUGGCGAUGGGUGCCGGUGGUAUUCUUACAGUUCCCUGAAUCCUUUUAAGGUUGCGUUGAGCAGCUCUGGCAGGUACUUGUUGGGCUGCAUUGGCCGAUUGAAUCCUGUUGGCGUUUGGGCAGGUGAGAAGUCAUCUGCCCGCUUCUGCUCUCCUGCCGACCUGCCUAUGUGUGUUUUUGCUGUUGUCCGUACUCCUCAUGGUUCUCCUUGACUCUCCUGCACUCCAUUUGAAUACAUGAUCUUGGCCACCAUCAUCGCCAACUGCAUCGUCCUGGCCCUGGAGCAGCACCUUCCUGGAGAAGACAAAACGCCCAUGUCCAAGCGGCUGGAGAAGACGGAGCCAUAUUUCAUUGGAAUCUUUUGUUUCGAAGCUGGAAUCAAAGUAAUCGCCCUGGGAUUCGUGUUUCACAAAGGCUCGUACCUGCGCAACGGCUGGAACGUGAUGGACUUCAUUGUGGUCCUCAGUGGCAUCUUGGCAACAGCGGGCGCUCACAUCAACACACACGUGGACCUGCGCACCCUGCGAGCAGUUCGAGUCCUCCGGCCCCUCAAGCUGGUGUCUGGAAUCCCGAGCCUGCAGAUUGUCCUGAAGUCCAUAAUGAAAGCCAUGGUGCCUCUUCUCCAGAUUGGCCUGCUCCUCUUCUUCGCCAUUCUCAUGUUUGCCAUCAUCGGCCUGGAGUUCUACAGCGGAAAGUUGCACAAAACCUGCUACAAGUUUGCCAACCUGACAGGGUCCAAUUACCGGGAGCCAUACGAGACAGAGUACCCCUGCGGAGAGCGGAAGUGCCCCCCAAACUACGCGUGUGAAGAGCUCUGGAUCGGCCCCAACGAUGGCAUCACCCAGUUUGACAACAUCCUGUUUGCCGUGCUAACCGUCUUCCAGUGCAUCACAAUGGAGGGGUGGACCACCGUUCUCUAUAACACCAACGAUGCCUUAGGCUCGACUUGGAACUGGCUCUACUUCAUCCCGCUUAUUAUUAUCGGCUCCUUUUUCGUUCUCAACCUGGUGCUGGGAGUUCUCUCAGGUGAAUUUGCCAAAGAAAGAGAGCGAGUGGAGAACCGCAGGGCCUUCAUGAAACUUCGAAGACAACAGCAGAUCGAGCGGGAGCUCAACGGCUAUCGAGCCUGGAUAGACCGAGCAGAGGAAGUCAUGCUGGCCGAAGAAAACAAAAAUUCAGGCACAUCCGCGCUUGAUGUGCUCAGGAGGGCCACCAUCAAGAAGAGCCGCAUGGAGGCCAUUCAACGGGAGUCCAGCGAGGACCAGUAUGCUGAUAUCUCCUCUGUGGGGAUGCCCCUGUCAAGAGCCAGCAUUAAGAGCACCAAAGUGGAUGGCAGUUCCUACAUCCGACGGAAGGAGCGCUUUCUGCGGAUAUCCGUCCGUCACAUGGUCAAAUCCCAUGCCUUCUACUGGACGGUGUUGAGUUUGGUUGCCUUAAACACCCUUUGCGUUGCUAUUGUCCACCACAACCAGCCUUACUGGCUCUCCACUUUGCUUUAUUAUGCAGAAUUCAUCUUCUUGGGCCUCUUUCUCACCGAGAUGUUUUUGAAAAUGUAUGGCUUGGGACCGCGACUCUACUUCCACUCUUCCUUCAACUGCUUCGACUGUGGGGUGAUUGUGGGCAGUAUCUUCGAGGUGGUUUGGGGAUUCUUCCGACCAGGAAUGUCAUUUGGAAUAAGUGUUCUAAGAGCACUGCGGCUGCUGAGAAUAUUCAAGAUCACAAAGUACUGGGCUUCCUUGAGGAACCUAGUCGUGUCCCUGAUGAACUCCAUGAAGUCCAUCAUCAGCCUUCUCUUCCUGCUCUUCCUCUUCAUCGUUGUCUUUGCCUUGUUGGGAAUGCAGCUGUUUGGUGGCAGGUUCAUUUUCGAUGAUUACACUCCAACCAACUUUGAUACUUUCCCCGCAGCGAUAAUGACAGUUUUUCAGAUUCUCACCGGCGAGGACUGGAACGAGGUGAUGUACAAUGGGAUCCGGUCUCAAGGGGGCGUGAAGUCUGGAAUGUGGUCCUCCGUCUACUUCAUUGUCCUCACACUCUUUGGAAACUAUACUCUUCUAAAUGUUUUCUUGGCCAUCGCUGUGGACAAUCUGGCAAAUGCUCAGGAGCUCACCAAGGAAGAACAGGAGGAAGAGGAAGCCUUCAACCAAAAGCAUGCCUUGCAAAAGGCAAAGGAGGUCAGCCCCAUGUCGGCCACCAACAUGAUGGCUUCCGAGAAAAAACCCUUUCUCUCUUUCCGAGAGUGUCCUAGGAAAAGGACAUUCCGCAGAAAUAGGCACAGCAUUAGUGUCGAAGCUGUCGGAAAUUUAGAAGCCCUCCACAACAGCCAAACACUCACUGCCCCUAACUAUUUUCUGUCCAGAAGGGAAAGGAGAAGGAGGCUAACCAUGUCAGUGUGGGAGCAGAGAACCAGCCAGUUGAGGCGUCAGAGGCAAAUGUCGAGCCGCGAGGCCCUUUACUCGAAACCAUUAGAUGAGCUAGACAGGGGUGCCAGCUACCAUCGUCACAGGAAGCUAGGGGCAAACGAGAGCCUGCGUCGGCCUGCCGAACCCCGGCCGCAAGAGGCGGAGGGGCAGCCGGAGAAGAAGGAAAACCGAGGGGUGAACAAUCACUCUCAGGCCGGCAAAGAAGAGAGACAAAGCCCUAGGGCUAAUGGUGAGCGAGGCCACCGGUCCACUCGAAGGUCACGAGGUCCUCUGCCAGAAGGCUUGACCCCAGAGGAAGGGGCAAGACUAAGACACGGCAGCAAACACCACCACCGGGAGCGCCCAGAGGACAAAUCAAAGGACUCCUCUCACAGCGAGGACAGCCGCUCCGUGAGCAGGGAGAGGCAGGUGGAUGAAGUGGAGAAGGAAGUGACGGAGCCUGAGAGUCAAGGGGACAAGCCAGAGCCCGAGGGCGAGUCGAGGUUGAACGAAGGUGUGCCGCUCUUUAGUGAGUCAAGGCCGGUGAUGAGCUUGCCAAAAGUGACAGAAGAAGAGAAUCCUGAGACCCUCUCAGACACCAAAGCUCCUCUCCAGAUGCCAGAAGAACAAAUUAGUCAACAGGCCGGCUCCCAGGGCACAGGAGGCACAAGUGAACCUGGCAAUGCCCCCUGCUUGCUCAACCUUGAGAAACCCCCAGUUCAGACCAGUAUUGUAAUUGAGGUCGGCGAUCUGAGAAACCCCCUGGAGUUGAGCCCAAUGACAGCCAACAGUAAGAACACGGAAGCUUCCAGUGACACAAAGCAAGAGGAAGGUCUGAGCGGGCCAAAGUCGACAGCAAAUCAGAGCAUGUUCCUGUUCAGCACUACGAAUCCAAUCAGAAGAGCCUGCCAUUAUGUGGUGAACCUGCGCUACUUUGAGAUGUGCAUCCUGCUGGUGAUUGCGGCGAGCAGCAUAGCACUAGCAGCAGAGGACCCGGUGGCCACCAACUCGGACUGGAACAAAGUACUACGCUACUUUGAUUAUGUUUUCACUGGGGUCUUCACAUUUGAAAUGAUCAUUAAGAUGAUUGAUCAGGGCUUGAUCCUUCAUGAAGGGUCAUACUUCCGAGACCUUUGGAAUAUCCUGGACUUCAUUGUCGUGGUGGGAGCACUGAUUGCCUUUGCACUAGCAACCAACAAAGGCCGAGACAUCAAAACCAUCAAGUCCCUCCGUGUCCUGAGAGUCUUAAGGCCCCUCAAGACCAUAAAGCGACUACCAAAACUGAAGGCCGUAUUUGACUGCGUUGUGACUUCACUAAAGAACGUCUUCAACAUCCUCAUCGUCUACAAGCUCUUCAUGUUCAUCUUUGCCGUCAUCGCCGUCCAGCUGUUCAAGGGAAAGUUCUUCUACUGCACUGACGGCUCCAAGGACACAGAAAAGGAAUGCUUGGGUUACUACAUUGACUAUGAAAAGGACAAAGACAAAGUGAAGAAGAGAGAGUGGAAGCGACACGAUUUCCACUACGACAACAUCAUCUGGGCCCUUCUUACUCUGUUCACCGUCUCCACCGGGGAAGGCUGGCCACAGGUCCUACAGCACUCAGUAGAUGUCACAGAGGAAGACAGAGGCCCAAGCCGAGGGAACCGCAUGGAGAUGUCCAUUUUCUAUGUUGUCUAUUUUGUGGUUUUUCCAUUCUUCUUUGUCAAUAUCUUUGUGGCUUUAAUCAUCAUCACAUUCCAGGAACAAGGUGACAAGAUGAUGGAGGAGUGUAGUCUGGAGAAGAAUGAGAGAGCCUGCAUCGACUUUGCCAUCAGUGCCAAGCCUCUAACUCGUUACAUGCCCCAGAACAGACACACUUUCCAGUAUCGGGUCUGGCACUUUGUCGUGUCACCGUCCUUCGAGUACACUGUGUUGGCCAUGAUAGCUCUGAACACUGUCGUCUUGAUGAUGAAGUACUAUUCUGCUCCGACGGCCUACGAUACGGCACUUCGACACCUGAACACUGCCUUCACUGUGCUCUUCUCCUUGGAAUGUAUCCUGAAGAUCAUAGCUUUUGGAUUUCUGAAUUACUUCCGGGACACAUGGAACAUAUUUGAUUUCAUCACAGUCAUUGGCAGCAUCACGGAGAUCAUCCUGACAGACACCAAGCUCUCUAGAAAAUUCAACAUGAGUUUCCUGAAGCUCUUCCGUGCUGCUCGGCUCAUCAAACUGCUCCGCCAAGGCUACACCAUCCGCAUACUGCUGUGGACUUUUGUCCAGUCUUUUAAGGCUCUCCCUUAUGUCUGCCUUCUCAUUGCAAUGCUCUUCUUCAUUUAUGCCAUCAUCGGAAUGCAGGUGUUUGGCAACAUUGAAUUGAAAAAUGGAUCCCAGAUAAACCGGCACAACAACUUCCGGACUUUCACCAGUGCACUAAUGUUAUUGUUCAGAAGUGCCACAGGGGAAUCAUGGCAGGAGAUCAUGCUGUCCUGUUUGGGUGGCCAGUCGUGCGAAAGAGACAUGUCUGCUGCCAUCUCCAAUAAUUCUCUGACAUCUCCCAAUGAGUCGUGCGGCACUGACUUUGCUUACUUCUACUUUGUCUCCUUCAUCUUCUUCAGCUCCUUCCUGAUGCUGAACCUGUUUGUAGCUGUAAUCAUGGACAACUUUGAGUACCUGACACGAGACUCUUCCAUUCUGGGGCCGCACCAUCUCGAUGAAUUUGUGCGCAUAUGGGCGGAAUACGACCAGGCGGCAUGUGGAAGGAUUCACUAUAAGGACAUGUACAAGGUGGUGCGAAUGAUCUCACCACCUCUGGGCUUUGGAAAGAACUGCCCCUACAGGGUGGCGUGCAAGAGGUUGGUGCUGAUGAACAUGCCUGUCGAUGAAGAAAUGUCGGUGCACUUCACCUCCACACUCAUGGCGCUAAUAAGAACAGCCCUUGACAUCAAAAUUGCAAAAGGUGGUGAGGACAGACAGCAGUUUGAUGCCGAACUGCAAAAAGAAAUCAGCUUGAUUUGGCCCCAUCUGUCACAGAAGUCACUGGACCUGCUUGUUCCGAUUCACAAAGCCAGCGACCUAACAAUUGGCAAAAUCUAUGCGGCCAUGAUGAUCAUGGACUACUACAAGCAGAGCAAAGCCAAAAAGCUAAGGCAGCAGCUGGAGGAGCAGAAACAUGCCCCAAUGUUCCAGCGCAUGGAUGCAUCUUCCCUACCACAAGAGAUCCUCUCCAGCGCCAAAGCACUGCCGUUCCUGCCUCAUAGUGCUGGCUCAGGAUUCAGCAGAGGAGGAUUUGUCGCCUUGAGCCCCAUCUCGCCUCAGGAGAUGUUCAUGCAGCCUCAGUCGCCAGACCUGUGUGGGACGGAGUUUGGUGAGCAGCAGCCAAUGGUGACAGAGAGAAGGCAUUUUAAUAGGCCGCUGUGCCCUAAUAAUAGACAAUGUUUCCCUCUUGAAGUGCCGGGACGGGCAGUUUCAAUACGAGCCUCAUCUAUGCCGCGUCUGACAGUAGAACCGCAAGUGGUCACAGACAGCGGUCUGAUGAAACGCUCCUUCUCCACCAUUGGGGAUCAGCGUGUCAAUGGCCUGUGGCUGGAGGAGUACUCCCUGGAGAGGGCUGGCCCAGACGAGUUCUACAGACAACGACGGAGGAGCUACCGGGCACCUGGUUUAAAGCCUGACCACCACCAGGCUGGAGACCGGGAAAGAGGACGGUCUAAAGAAAGGAAGCAUCUUCUGUCCCCAGACGUGUCUCGCUGUAACUCAGAAGAGCGCAGCCCACAGAGAUCUCAUCGGUCCAGGGAGCGCCAGCAGUCCAGAUCCCCCAGUGAAGGAGGAUCUCCCAGCCCACAACGUCAGGGCAACAGUUCAGACAGCCCAGUCCAUUCAACUUCGGAAAGCAGCACUCCACUGCGUGGACGACGGCAGCUGCCACAGACCCCCUCUAAACCACGGCCCCACAUCUCGUAUUCACCACUUGUGCGCCGCUCCACAAACACCUCUCCUCCAGCAAAUGGAAACACCCCAAGGACCAGAGAUUCAGAAGAUACAGCAGAGUCAGGUGACCAGUCGUGGAAUGAGACCGCCCUGUCAGGGCAAAGUUCCAGCCAUCGCUCUACCCCUCAUCGCUACAUCUCAGAGCCUUACCUGCCUCUUCACGAGGACUACAACAGCCCGGACUCAGCUGGAACAGAGGAGACCCUGACCUUUGAGGCUGCAGUGGCAUCAAGUUUUGGACGUUCAAACACCAUCAGCUCUGCUCCUCCUCUCAGACACAGUUGGCAAGUCCCUAACGGGCAUUUCCGAAACCGCCUGGCCCAAUCCAGCUCCGUGGCCGGCUGUGAGCUUUUUGCUGAUACGGAUGAGGAUGACCGCUGCUAAGGAGUCUUUGAUUUGGAUGACCAAAACAAGAAGGAUUUUGUUGUUGAAAAGAGGAAAAACAGCUGCAGUCCUAACGCCCUACAACAUUUUUGAAGUCCUGCAUCGGGAGUGUAAACAUUUCUGAGAGUUGUGGAGUCCGGGAACUGGAACUCUAAAAGCGAUACACCACUAUGAAAUAUAAAAUAAGAGGGAAAAGGUAAAGAACUGCAUGUAGAUGAAUGCUUUAUGAUUAUAUUUCUUACUUAUUAAACGAAGGCCAAAAUUAUUGUGUCUACUUCAGACAAAUCAAAGGUACAAGAAGUACCAGCUGGAUUAUGAAGAAAAAUAAGCAUUCCAUGUAUUACGCAAAAAAGAAUAUUAAUAUAAGAAAAUAAAAGUGGGGUGGGGGAUGCAUGCAAUGUGGUGAAGGUGGGAAAUGAGAUAUCCUCAGUACCGACCUGCCUAAAGACUGUUGCACACUAAUAAUGUCCAUUCGUGAAAGUGGGAUUUGCAAAACAGUCCAAACGAGCCACGCUGACGAUGUCACGGUAGAUGAAACGUGAUGUAUGUAACACCAAAACUAGUCUGACGCACCUAGAUGUUCAAUCGUUGUGAUGACUCAGGCUGCGCAAGAGUAUUUUAGUGGGGUUCGAUAAGAUUUGGGCACAUGGGAGGUGGGCAAACCUCUGUCGGAAUCUUGUGUUCUCCUUGGUCCACCCUUGAUAGGCUCACCUAUCAGUUAAGAAUAUUCUUCCCAGGUAGAGUUUCAGUUGGUAUGUCACAGUAACUCAUCAUAUGUGCCACAGCCUUCCCCAAAAGCAGACAAUGUUGACCUAAGAGGUGUAAAAAUGUUGCUGCCUAAAAUGCCUUUUACACAAAAAGUGCACAACCCAACAUGGCAAAAAUGUUUCUUUAAAGUGCUAUCAUUUUAGGUGACGACGUGCUCAUUGAUCAAAUGUUUGAGAACCGAAUCAACUGAUACUGCCAAAAAUUCAUUUUGUCUCUUCGAGCCUGCCGUGAUUCAAGGUAGGAUUGUUUACACAGACCACCCCGAAGGCUGGAACGCUCAGUUGUUGUCCUCAUGGACAUUUUUGGGGUUCACGAAGUGUUUACCAAAUGCUGUUAGAGACAGCCUACCUGUAAGCUUACGACAGAAAAGUAUGGAUAAAACAAGCACGGGGAGUUGUUCAGCCCCACAAGUACACCGUAAAUCAUGGCUUUGAAUAACAUUUUCGAGUUAAAGGCCAAGCCAUUUUUUAUAUUACAUAAACUAGUAUUUUGUUUGGCUUCUAAGAGAGGAUUUCAAUUUGGGGCUCAAAAAUGCUUAUCACUCCAUUUCAAUCACACUGUUCAGGGGCCAAACAUGAGUAACACAUCGUUUGUACCUCUAAACCACUAGGGAAAGGUCCGAUGCAACAUGGACGCAAUAAGAAAUGAUGGGUCAUUAGCCAAGUCUGCAUUAUCUACAAGUUUCUCUCUCUUUUUCUUUUUCGGUCUUUCAGCUUCACAGGGUGAUGACAUUCCUACAUAGCAUCCCCAUGUCUUCAGCAUGAAGUUUAGUUAUUGCUUCAUUGUGUGCACCCAUAGUUGCUGUACUGGCACAAGCUACUGUGUCGGGCAGAACUUGACCACCAAUAAGGUCAGCAGAGAUCAAAACUAUCAUCCUACUUGUACAGGGCUAACACAACGUGAAUAAAAAUGACACCAAAAAUGAUCAAGUACACAGGAUAAGGCUUAAACUUGACUUUUUUCAGACAGAUCUUCUAAAAAUGUGAUUAUACACUGACCAAAAUGUAUGUCAGAAAAUAGAAUUUGUACAUUUCUUUUGUUUUGUUUUUUUGAAGUUGGGCGAAUCUUUUCUGUCAAAUAUUGUUUCUGUGUAGUUUGUGUUUUAGAUGCGCAAUGAUAAGAAAUGAAGACAGGAGUUUGGAAUUCCUAAAAGCAGGAUGCCUCAGUCUUGGGUUUGGGACAGACCCAUAAAUCUAUAAAAGAAGCCAAAAUAUUCUGUUAUUAUCAAAGCCUUCUACAGGUAAAAAUUAAGUCAACUGGAAAAACUUCCUGUUAAAAGAAACUGUUAGCUGGAAGGCCAAUAUGGGCAAGAAAUGCUAAAAUAUAAUUUGAUAAAGAAGGUAAAACUUUACUUUAGUCACUGCCUAUAAUGUAUCUAUCAGUUGCAUACUGUUACGUAACAAGACAUUAACAAAUGCUUCAUUUGUUCUUAGUAACAUAAAACAUCAGCAAAGUGGCUAUUUAUCUCUACGUGGUUUGGCCCACCUCACUAUGGUGGCACGCCCAGGAGAUGCUACAGUGCCCUCCAUACCGUUUACGACAAAGACACAUUUUUUCCUUUUUUUCCUCCAUGUCACAACUUAAAAUUACAAAUCAAACCAUUCAGACAUGAUUAAAGUGCACAUUGUAGAGGUUCAUUGAAGAGGAUUUGGAUACAUUUCAGUCGCCACACUUUUUCUGUAUGGUCCUCCAAUUUCAAUAAUGUUUAGAACAAAGCAAUGCGGGCGGCACGGUGGUGCAGUGGGUAGCGCUGCUGCCUCACAGUACGGAGACCUGUGGUUCACUUCCCGGGUCCUCCCUGCGUGGAGUUUGCAUGUUCUCCCCGUGUCUGCGUGGGUUUCCUCCCACAGUCCAAAGACAUGCAGGUUAGGUGGAUUGGCAAUUCUAAAUUGGCCCUAGUGUGUGCUUGGUGUUUGUGUGUGUCCUGCGGUGGGUUGGCACCCUGCCCAGGAUUGGUUCCUGCCUUGUACCCUGUGUUGGCUGGGAUUGGCUCCAGCAGACCCCCGUGACCCUGUGUUUGGAUUCAGCGGGUUGGAUAAUGGAUGGAUGGAUGGACAAAGCAAUGCCACGUCUAUUAAAGCCCUCAUAUUUACAACUUUGUCAUGUAUGUUUUUCUACACAGCUCAGAAUUCAUUGUGUCACUACAGUCAGCAGUUCCAUCACCAACGAAGAGAAGUGUCACAGUACCUGUGGCAGCUAUACAUGCCAAUACCAUGACACCUCCACCACCACCAUGUUUAACAGAGGAGGUGGUCUGCUUUGGAUCUCGGGCAGCUCCUUGUUGUCUCCACACUUUGCUCUUACCAUCACUCUGAUGCAGGUUCAUCUUUGUCUACUCUGUCCACAAGACCUUUUUCCAGAUCUCUGCAGGCUCUUAUAAGUCCUUUUUUGCUAACUGUAAUUCCGGCCAGCCUGUUUCUGUGGCUAACUAGUGGUUUGUAUCUUGCAUUGUAGCCUCUUUGUUUCUGUUCAUACCGUCUUCUGCGGUUAGUCAUCUCUGACACGUCCACGUCUGCUUCCUGAAGACUGUUUCUGAUCUUUUAGACAGGCAUUUGGGGCUUUUUCUUGACCAUAGUGAGGUUUCUUCUGUCAUCAGCAGUGGAGAUCUUCCUUGGCCUACCAGUCCCUUUGCUGAAGCUGGGGAUCUGCACUGGCAAUCAGAAGGUUGCCGGUUCGAAUCCCGUAAAUGCCGAAAGAGACUCUGCUCUGUUGGGCCCUUAAGCAAGGCCCUUAACCUGCAAUUGCUGAGCGCUUUGAGUAGUGAGAAAAGCGCUGUAUAAAUGCAAAGAAUUAUUAUUAUUAUUUGCGAUUACUGAGCUCACCAGAGCGUUCUUUAUUCUUCAUGAUAUUCCAGACAGUUGAUUUUGGUCACUCUAAGGUUUUGCCAAUGUCUUGAAUGGUUUUAGUCUUGCUUCUCAGCCUUAUAAUGGCUUCCUUGAAUUUCACUGGCACAGCUUGUGUCCUCAUGUUGAACAAUGGCAACUACAAACUUCAAAGCAAGCUGAGGUAUCUUUGGAAAUCAUGAACCCCCCCCUAAAGAAUCACAAGCACCAGGGACACCAAAUGUCCCAAACAUUAUGGUGCCCUGAAAUAUGGUGGGGGUUUGGCAAGGAUAUAUAUAUAAAUAAUAUUGUGGCAGACAACCAGGGACCAUGCCUGGAACAUGGAUAGACCGGGAGAGGGGCAUUAUCUUUCCCUGGGUGUAAGAGGGCAGCCUCCCUGGUUUCCAUCAGGGCCAUUAUGUGGGGGUCCGUGGCCACCGCCAGGGAGCCCCUGGAUGGUCCCUGAGCCAAAGACAACAGCACUUCCGCCACACCAGGAAGUGCUGCCGAAUCAGGAACCAUGUACGCCCUGAGUGCUUCCGGGUGCAAGGGCAGCACUUCCGCCACACUAGGACGUGCUGCCUGAAGACCUUCACAGAGCACCUGAAGCACAUCCGGGGCAGGGAUAAAAGAGGCCGCCUCACUCCACUCGAGGAGCUGGAGUCAGGUGGCAGUAGACGGAGCUUGCAAGAGAGGAGUGGAGGCGGCUGAAGGAAGGAAAAGGACUGAGUUUAGUGUGGUGACUUGUGCACUGUGUUUGUGCUGUGUGGGCAAAGGAAAAUAACCGGUGCGUGUUUAGGGAGACUUGGAGUCUGUGUCUGUCUGUGUCGAGGCUGGUCUUUCACAAUAUAUAUAUAUAAACUGUUACAACCGAAAUGUAUGCAUAUCCCGCUUAAAUGAAAGUCUGUAAUGUGCACUUUGAUCAAAUCUGAAUUUGUAAUUUUAAACUGUGAAGCAGAGGAGCAAACAUUAUGGAGGGCACUAUAUGUUUCAUAGCAAAUUAAUCUCAACAACCCUCCCUUGCUUAGGCCCGUAUAUGAACAGAGGGCCCAAAAAAAAAAAAAGACAGUAGUCGCUCACAUGUAUUGAGAUGUUGAAAAGAUUAACAGACGCCAAGCUUGUUUAUUUUAGAAAAGUGUUAGUAAGUUCUUCCCAAAUCCAUUUGAUCUGUUCCUUAUAGAGUCUUUUUGAGUUUUUAUAACUAAAAUAAGAAUCCUUUUCCCAAUAAGUAACAUAAAGUAGAUUAGGAUUCUUCAAAAACCAAUAAGUUAUAAGGACAAGUGUGCAGUGAAAAGAAGAACAUUUUAAAACAUACAAUUAAAAGAUCAUCACCAGUGGCAGCUCAGGAAGAAUUGUCACCUCAGACAAGUCACAUGCUACUUGGUCAAAAUGGAAUUAUGUCCUCAAAAAAAUGUGCCCUGUCCCCUCUCAGCACUUUGCCAUUAAAGUUGACCUUUAUAUUUUUUUUUAAUUGUCACUUCACACCCUUGUUUCAGGGAAGAUGGCAGGGGUGGUAGAUCACUCCAAGCAUUUUGCUGCUUUUUUCGAUUUGCCACUGCCCUUGAUCAUGCCACCCUGGUCAAAUGGCUGCUUCUUCUGCAUGGGUGCUUUGGCCCAGACAGAGCACUAACAAAUUAGAUAAUAUCUGCGUGAACUUCCAUCUGCAACAGGAAGACAUAGGCAAAAAUUUAAAAAGCCAGCAGGUGUGAGCUCUUGAGCCUUCAUAAAGUCGAUAACAACUUAAUGACCACAAUCUUUACACAAAGAACGAUAGACACUUGGAAUAAGCGACCAAGUAGUGUGGUAGACAGUAAGACCUUAGGGACUUUCAAAACUCGACUUGAUGUUUUUUUGGAAGAAAUAAGUGGAUAGGACUGGUGAGCUUUGUUGGGCCUGUUCUCGUCUAGAGCGUUCUAAUGUUCUAAUGUUCAUUAUCUUUCUAACCUUCCUAUUAUAUUUCAGUGAUUAGAUUUCACCAUUUUUUUUUUCCAUUUCAAACACACUUAGAAGUUUUCAGAUUCCCCAGGUCACUCAGAACUAGGCCUUCUCUCAGAAUGAUCUUGAGUUUAGUUCUUUGCUGAAGCCACUGGCCAAAAUCCCUUUUUUUAUUGUUUCAAAAUCAGAGCAUUUUGCAUUCAGAUAGGCCGAAAGGUUAAUCUGAAAACAGAAAUAUGCUGUCUGCUUGUCAUUCUGAACUGAAGUUGGCCUUUUACUUACACAAGUGUGUGUCAGUCAAACACAACACAUUUCAGGCCUAAAACUUCAAAGCACAAAUAUUUCAUUCACGGAUGCUGCACUGGUAUGAAGAGGAAAAAAGUACAAACAAUAGAAGCUUAUUCUUCUCCCGCCAAAAAAAAAAAAAAAAUUAUUGCAUUAUUUAUCAAUAAUCUUUGCAAUAUUCUGCAAAGAUAUUGCUUGCUGCUGCUAGUAACAUCUUGCGCAUGUAUGCUUCAGCCAUCUAUUGAUAGUUAUCAAGUGUGAGAUUAAGACUGGCAGCUGUAAAAGUAGAGAAUCGACACAGGAAAGGGUUUGGGGCACGUCCAUGACAUCAUAUAACAUAAAGAAGAUUGAAAUAAAUUGGUCUUUUCGAACACCAGAGUCCAACAAAGAACUGACAGAAAAUGGCUGAACUUAUCUGGAUUCCAGGCAGAGAGGGCAGACAAUAGGAGUGGUGUCAGUGGUGGAAUGGCCGUCAAUCUACCAUUUUGCAGAGGGAGGAAGAGAGAAGGCAUCAGAACACAGCACCGAGCCCUGGUUCAGUGGGUAACGUCCAUCACCACAGAACCUUAAGCUGCUUCCCAAGUGCACGUGCCUGACACAGGUCAGCUUUACCUAGAAGUGCUGAGACUGUGGAGUAGUCCGGCUAAUUUAGGUUGGGCCCUCAAAUGGUCAGUACCUCCAGUGUUACUUCAGAAGUCAGCUUCAUCACCUUCUUAGAUUUGUUUGCAUUCUUUCACCUUCAUAUUAAAGACUGGUAUCUUCUCGUAUGGGUCAAGGUUACAGCUAUUAACCAUCUCCUUUGCAACUUAGAGAUGAAGCCUUACAUCUUUACACACUUUAUUUUUUCAAAGGUCCUUGAGCAGAAACUAUGCCUUCUGUGUUGGGGAAAUAUGUUCAUGAAAGUGGACAACGCAAAGUCCACGUUUAAGUCUCUUCCUGCUUUAGAGUCUCAAUUUUCACUCAAGAUCAGAAAAGGCUCCUUUGCUCUCUGGUCCCAGCCUUUAAGGAAGCGGUUUAAGGUCUACCUUUGUCAUUUUUCUCUCCCUCUUAAGUUAAUCCAUUGAGAGGUCAAGGUGUCCUCAAAUGAUGUAUAUGAAUGUUCUCUGCCAGUCUAGAUUUGGUUCUCAGUAGUGCACAUCUUAACUGUCAGAGCCUUGGAUUGUUAUGAAGUCCAGCUGCAAAUCCACUUCCCUUAUGUCAAUGUGUAUAAAGCCAUUUACAAACAUCUACCUUUGUGUUUCAGGGCUGUAAGUGUAUAAGCCAUGAUUCUUGUAAAUAGGGAGGAUAAAGGAGGGAGGAAAAGGCAGGGCUGAAGUAUAUUUAACAUUCCAGAUCCAAUUCCAGUGCACUUUAUACAUUUUGGGGUACACACAGUAUUUUAAUUUUGCUUCCUUGCUAAGAACAUCUUAGCGUUUCACUGGUGAUCAUAAUAAGCUGGUUGUGGUAGAUAUUUUCUCCAUACGUGUACAAGAACACUUAAAUCCCUGGAACCAAAAAUAGAUUUCGUUGGAGCAAUGAAGAAUUUUUAAUUUUUUGGCACAAUUUACAUACUUAAAAAUCAAGGUGCCAGAGGGUUCCUUCAGAGUGAUGCCGUAAGGGAACAAUUUCUGGUCCCCAAAAGACCCAUCCAUAUGAAGGUUCCAGAAGGAUUGUUUUAUUUAAAUCUGUAACCGAUUCCACAAAUAGCCAUGAGUAGAUGAUAAGAGAUUUGGGAAACACCAAGGCACUCCUAAUUUUAAAAAGAGUCUCACUACAUACAACACCAGAGGCUAUGUUCAGGUUUUCUUGAUCGGCCAUGUCCUGCUUGGUACCCUCAGAGUGAUGCUAUAGGGUUCCCAAAAGACCCAUCCACAUGACGGUUCCAGAAAGAACCUUUAUUUGUUUAGAUCCAUAACAAGCUCCAUACACUAAACAGCCAUUGAACAGAGUACCAGGUCGCCCAUACAACACUUCUUCUGAUUUAGCUUUUGAUCAUGAAUAGCAAAUUCAAUGCUGGAAGUUUCUGGAAAAAAAUUAAAACAGGAUAUCUGGACAAGCUUCCAUGAAUAUUAUUUUAGCCAAGCCUAACCAUGCAGGAAAAUGCUCCUAGUAAAACCAGGCAGUCAUAGGCCAAUUCUCAAAUACAUUCUAACAAUAUAAUGGUUCUGUAACGGUAUUAUUUGGUUCUUUACUGGGUUGUAUGGUUACUUGUAGAACUAUUGUUUGACCAAGCACCAUUUCAUUCUGGGAAGGGUUUUUUUGCAUAUGACCUGGUAUAUGGUCCUUUGUGCUUUGAAAUAUACAUAACAUUAAAAACUGUUUUAGAGGUUUAAAUUUUGACAAAAGUCGAGUCACCUUUGGAGAAGAUGAAAAUAUUACUGAUAAGAAGCAACAAACUGAGAGUGGAUUUUUCAGUUACUGAGAAAGCUGAAUGUGGCAGCACAAAUUUUCCCAAAUUGAACAUACAUAAAUAUAUACCAUCUUGCAUUAUUAAAGUGUUAAUAAUUUGGCUAUAAAUGAUGAUCUCUUUUAUGUGAUAAGAGAUAUCUUCACUUAUCGACUAAUCUGUAAGCGUACACAUGAAAUUUCAGCAAAAUACAAGCAAUUUAAAAACGCAAGAUAUUGUACAAAACCACAGUUCUGUCGUAAAUUUGUUUGUAAGAAAUUAUGGAGAUCUAGAAGUUUGGUUUUAGGUUUUGUGCUCAGUGGAUGACCAGCAUGACCUGACUAAGAAAUGAUGGAUACCAGGAUAAGGGCAAAACUGUGUCAGAGGUCACCAAAAUGUCUCAGCUGAAUGUGGUAUUGUGGUGAAAUCUGGACAGCAAUUCUGCCCAUAAAGAAAUGUUAGCAGUAUUAAAUGACAUAACCAAAAUUGUGACUGAAAUGGCUAAUCGGAAAGUUAACUUUUGUAUUUGCUGGACAGAAUACAACCAAUUGGAAACUGUUCAAUAUUAUGUAGUAACUCGCGUCAAACAACGUUUGGUUUCAAACUUUCCUUUCACUUCAAAACUGCAUUUUACCUUCACCCAUUCUAUUCAACGAACUGUACUGUUUGAAUAUGUCUGGCAGAUUGAGGCAUAUGAGAAAAACAACAUGGGCUAAGAGUUGUGAACAGCCGAGUAAAACUGCUUCAAAUCCGACGUCCAAACCAAAGGGAAUUUUACAGUUGCAUAUGACGGUGAAAUGGUGCCUACGGUUCAAAUAUUUAUAUUAAAUUCUGUAUUCAAAAAUCUAACCUGCCACUUCAAACUAUAUUCCUUUCUAUAAAAUGUGAGCAUUACUGUAGGCCUUGAAUAUCAUAUUGAUACCCGACGUCAAAUGAAGUUUGGGUGGAAUUGAACAUUUAACCCGCAGUGAGCACUGCGGAGUCCGAUUCAGUAUUGGAAGUAUUGUGGUUGGUGACAUUAGUAGAAAAGGCCAUUUAUUAAUUGGAACAGCAAGUUUGUCUUUGAGGGAGUGAUGUCUGUAAGAUCUUGUGAUUUAGUAUUUGUGGCUGUAAGAUGUUGACAUUAGAACAGGAUGUGUUUAAAAAAAAAAAAAAAAAAAAAGUACACAAAUCUCCUUUCAUUUCUGGGAGGUGAGUUUCGGUUUCAUUUCUAUUCUUUGACGUGAUACUUUCACGUCCAUUUCCCCACAAAAUAAAACAGCAAAACAGACCAAUUUAAUUUUUGGCAUAAAAACAGCUCUUGAAUGAGUAAAAUAUGUGCUACUGACCGAAAUCACAUGCCUUGUAGGGCUGCUAAUCUAUUGUAUCGAGUAUCUGUUUGUUAAUCUUCAACUUUCUCCCCAUUAUAUUAAUGUUCCCCUUUGUUAGCCUUCAUUUUGAAACUCGGCUAAAUUAGAUUAAACAAGGUAAAUGAUUACAUGUAGAACACUUGUCAAAUAUUCAAUACGAUGACCGCAUUGACAGUAGUUUUCUCCAACGACAUGAUGUCGCCAGUGUUUCAAAUAGAAAUACAGAUAUGCGUAGGAACAGCACUGCAACAAAUAUCACGUGUUGCAUAAUGAUGAAAACUUUAUACAAAUAGUGCCUUUUAAAACCAUAUGCCGCCUGUCAUUGUGCAUUUGUCAACCAUUUGGGGAAUAAUUGUGCUGCAGUGCUGAAGAUGUAGUGGUCUGUUUGGGAAGUGUCCGGCUCACUAAAUGAGUGAGAUCUUGAGCGACUAACAAAGCUUCUGUCACACUGGACUAGCAGCCAGAACUAGAGAAUUGUUAAUGGGCAAAAUGCAAGGCCACCUGACUAUUCACAUACCUGUUCUGGUUCCCAAAUCAAAUUUAAGUAGGUCUCUACUAGAAGGUUCAAUCUAUCGCUCCUGUUGCCUAAGAGUGCAGUCCAAUUAGAUGUAAUUUAAGUCCUCACCAUCCAAAGAGUCAUCAAUAAUGAAUGGAGACUUGCCUCUCAGAUGUGACAUGGUGCCCAUUGAGAACAGCAGGUGCUAAAGCCACACUCUUUGUAUUUUUCAUGUAAAAAAAAUAAAAGAAUAUAAAUUUCUUGUACUGUAAAAUUGUAUUGAGAGCAUAUGCAACUUUUGUCGUUAACGAGUGUUGCUAUGGGAACAAUGGGGUUGCAUUGCUUGUACUAAUAACACUAAAUCAGACUUCUCGGAGCUGUGUGCAGAACCCUUGCCUCACUGACGAUUUGCUGCCUAUUGGUUAUCCACCUUCAUCGCAGGGCCACCCUCAAGGUUCAACACGAACCCUUUGAGAAAAACUGAACCUGCAGGCCAGUGGAUUCAUGUAAAAUUUGCAAUUGGGAGGUAAAUACAUAAGUGACGAACAUAAUGUAAAAAUGUCC